GGAGCACAUGGAGUACCGCUGAUUCGUUGGCUACCAGGGAACCGGGUGAGUCUCAAAUGGAGGACCUAAGGACCUAGGCCAGCGGUGCUGAAAUGGAACGAAUAUGUUUGAGUCUUUUGCUCAUAAGUAAGGCACUUUCAGUCACAGCACAGUUCAAUGGUUUCAACUGUGAUGCCAACUUCCACAGUCGUUUCCCAGCCGAGCGAGACAUAAGCGUGUACUGCGGCGUGCAGACAAUCACGCUGAAGAUCAAUUUCUGCCCCGUGCUCUUCUCGGGCUACACCGACACGGACCUGGCGCUGAACGGUCGCCAUGGCGAUGCCCACUGCCGAGGCUUCAUCAACAACAACACCUUCCCAACGGUGGUGCUCUUCAGCAUCAGUCUUAGUACGCUGGAGUCCUGUGGCAACUCUUUGGUGGUCUCCUCAGCUCAGGGAGCGAAUGCUUAUGGGAACCUGUCCCUGGUGCAGAUUGGCAAUAUUUCAGGGUACAUCGACACACCUGACCCACCGACUAUCAUCAGCUAUUUACCAGGGCUGCUGUACAAGUUCAGCUGCAGCUACCCUCUGGAGUAUCUGGUGAACAACACACAGCUGGCCUCGUCAGCUGCAGCGAUAUCAGUGAAGGACAGCAAUGGUACUUUUGUCAGCACUUUGAGUUUACUCCUCUACAAUGACUCGUCCUAUGUGCAGCAGCUGGCCAUACCCAUGGCAGGCCUUACUUUAAAGACACGCGUGUUUGCCGCUGUAAGGGCAACCAAUUUAGACAGAAGAUGGAAUGUUCUGAUGGAUUACUGUUACACAACUCCCUCUGGGAACCCUAAUGAUGACUUGCGCUAUGACCUGUUCUUUGGCUGUGACAAAGACCCACAGACAACUGUGUUUGAGAACGGCAAGAGUCAGAUGGGGCGCUUCUCGUUCGAGGUCUUCCGUUUUGUCAAACACAAGAACCAGAAAAUGUCAACAGUUUUCCUGCACUGUGUCACCAAGCUGUGUCGUGCCGAUGACUGCCCGAUGCUCAUGCCGAUCUGCGGUAGGAAAAAGAGGCGAGAUGUCUCUGAACAAGGUGAAUCUAAUGCAGCCUCUGGGAAUGCAGUCAUAACAGCUGGACCCAUCAUCACUCGGAGUGAGGAAACUCCAAUGAACAACUCUCAGCUUGCCCAGUUAAACAGCCCUCUGCUGCGGCCCGACUCGGUGACCAGCGCUCUGAUCUCGGGCAUCGUCAUCCUGGCUGUCAUGAGCGCCUGCUUCUUCAUUCUGUCCCUCACGCUGCUCAAAGGCAGGAAGCCUCCGCCCGCUGCACUGUCCGGCACCCGCAACCCUGCCUUCAACUGAGCAUCUCAGUACCGAACCCGCUCCCACUCCUCUCCCAAGGGAAUCUACACAG